AUGCGGACCGUCCUCAAGAUCUACAGCAUGGUGCGGCACAUCGUCUUGGACGGGUGCUACACCGACGGCAAGGCGUGGCAGCGCGGCAUCGUGGCGGGCAGCAGGUACGCACCGUUCUGUCUCAAGAUGGUGAUCAUCCUCGAGCUGGACAGGCUGGUGCACCAGUUCCCCUGGGCGGACACGUGCCUCUUAUUCGACGACCUCGCCAUGGCCACGUACGACAGGCACGAGUACGUCGACGAGGUCCACCCGCGGCUCAUCGAGGCCGUGGUCACCAUGUUCGAAAACACGCUGGACAUGGCCGUCUCGCGGGGCGCGGAGGGGAAGACGGUCACCUUGGGCUCCUCCGCCGCGCUGGGCCAGCACAUCAACAAGAGUACCAGGCACCUCGGCGUGAGAGCGGUCAAGCACGAGAAGCACCUGGGAGUGACAGCAACAGCAUGCAGACGGAGGAGAGUGGCCGCCAUCAACAAGCGGGCGCUCAAGUUUGCGGCGAGAAAGGCACGGGUGGCAGCCGUGCGCAGAGCAGGAGGAGCGGCACACAAGCUGAUUCGACAAGCCAAAGUGCCAGCCCUCCUCUACGGAUCCUCCGUCGUCGGCAUGGCAGACUCCAAGCUCACCGAGCUCAGGAAGAACGUGGCGGCGGCGAUGGAGGGCAACAACACGGGAAGGUCCACGGCGCUCACGCUGCUGAGCGACAGGGCCGACCCAGGCAUCCUCGCCAACAGUGGCCCCAUCAUCGCCUGGGCCACGGCGUGGCAGGAAGCGCUCGAGGACGACCAGCUGGCCGCGCGGCUCCAGAGCGCGUGGCGCACCUGGGUGAUGAAGAUCUACAAGUGCAAGGCCCCCUGGCUCACAGUUCGGGGGCCAACGGGGGCGUUCGUGGCGACGGUCAGGCGCCUCGGCUGGAUGACGCAGGCCUCGCACACAGUCACCAUCGACGGGAACGUGCUCGACCUCCGCUACACCAUGCUGCAGGAGAUCCAGCACCACGUCGCGCGCACCACGGAGAAACAGCUGCAGGACGAGUGGGUGAGCCAGCACGGCCGCCAGUGCGGCGUCACCUCCAUCUUCCUGGCACCGGGCCGAUGGACGCAGGCCCACCGCACUCGAGUGAGGGGCCUGUUUUGCGGAGGGACGUGGCCGCAGGCGCGGCUACGCGCAUCAGGAGUUGCUACCGACAGCACAUGCAGAGCGUGCGGGCUGGCACCAGGCACCGACAGGCACCGCACCUUCGUGUGCCCAGUGCGCCAGCCACAUCGCGACGUUGUCGGAGGCCUCCAUAUUCAGCAGCGAGGAGCCAACCCCUGGCCAGGCCCAGGAGCCGAUGCUCUCUGGGGGCGCGGCAUCACGGCCGACCCCGCCGACGAGCUCGGGCUAUGGGAGCUAGCAUCGUGCGACGACUGGCUCACCGAGGGCAACUGGGACGGCCUCGCGACAGGGGACAUCUACGUGGACGGCUCGUUGCAGUUCGGCGACUACGCACCACUGCGACGAGGAGGAUGGAGCUUCACCAAGCUCAAAGACAACGACGAGUACGACAUGGACUACGUGUGCUACGGGCCCCUCCCUGGCGCACAGUGGGUCCAGGGCAUCAUGCGGGCGGAGCUCUACGCGCUGCUGCAGGCGCUGCGUGUGGGCACCCCGCCCAUGCGCAUUUUCACCGACUGCCAGAACGUCGUCGACGGCGCGAAGGCAGGACCAGCGUGGCUCGACAAGAGGAGCCGCCCGCACCUCGACCUCUGGGAGUGCAUCGCACAGGCCAUCGCAGAGCUCGAAGGCCUGGGCCCGCGCACCGUGCAGGCGCUGAAAGUGAAGGCCCACGCGACGCGCACCGAGCGAGCAGCUAUCGGGCGCGCGCAGUGGGAGGGCAACAAAAUCGCUGAUCAGUAUGCCAAGCAGGGAGCUCUGUAUCAUACCCACCCUGCUUGGUGUAGAGAGGCUUACAUCCAGAAGUAUCGACUGGUUCGGGACAUCUUGGAAUUCGGAGCCUACAUAGGAGUCCUGGGCCGCGACACUGUCGACACUGAGCAGGGCUCGAGCCCGACGGACUCGAACCCCCCCGACCCCCCCUUGGACCCCCUGUACUUUCCUGGGAACCUGGGGGCGGUCGUGGGCGAGGAGGGCGGGGCCCUGGUGGCCCCUGAACCCCCUGCCCCGCCCCUGGAGGCCGACCUCCCGUCUCGGGCCGCUCUGGGCUGGGGGCGCACCAGGGUCGACAGAGCCCAGAGAGCGGGGCACAAAAUAGUGACCCGCAGCACGUACGUCUUUUGCCGCAGGUGCGCCAGGUACGCCCGCGACAGGUGGACGGGCCUAUUCUCUCCAUGUCGCCCUGGGGCCCAAAGGGUGAUCGGGGGUAGGCUGACGCGGUUGUGGAGUGGACUACACCCCUCCACCAACCAGCCCCUAUAG